UAGUCACAUUCAUCAUGAAUAAAACAUUUCUCAAGUCUCAAAAGUCUUUGAAGUGUCUCCAGUCAGGGCAGUUAAACUCCGCCCCUGGUUCCACUGACAGCUGAAGCGCAGAACUUGAGUUUCUGGAGCUUGUUCGGUGUUUGGUCAACUGUCCUGUCCUAACUGGAGAUUCUUUGGAGUUUUUUUUUUUUUUUGAAACAACUUCUUGGAAUUUAUGCACUUUUGGAUACUUUUUCCCCUCACACAAAAAAAAAAAAGACAACCCCACUUUUGGGUGAUAUGAGGCAGCGUGCGUCCCGGGCAGGUGGCUUGAACCGUUAUUGCCCACUUUGAUGGAGGAACCCUUAACGCAAGCUCGCCAUGGCUUAUUAUCCUUUCCAAGCGCAGCGACCGGGUGCGUUGCCCUUGCCAGCCUUUCUCUCCACCGCGCAAGUCUCCUUUCCUCCCACGCCGCGUGUCCCGGCCGUGGCGUCUCGAUCCGAGGUUGAGCCCCAGCAGGUGGGCUGCUCCGAGACGGGGCUGCACGCAGCCCUGAGCCGGCAGCACCAAGCGGCCCAAUUGCGCUCCUUGAAGAACCUGCAACCUGGGGACGGGUUGUGUGACGACCCCAAAGUCACUCUGGAAUCCCAGGAUUUAUGGAACGAGUUUCACAAAAUGGGAACCGAGAUGGUUAUCACUAAAUCAGGACGGAGGAUGUUCCCACCUUUCAAAGUCAAUGUUGAUGGACUUGAUAAAGCAUCCAAAUACAUCCUCCUAAUGGACAUUGUCACCGUUGAUGACUUUCGUUACAAGUUUCACAAUUCCCGCUGGAUCGUCGCCGGAAAAGCAGACCCAGAAAUGCCAAAGCGCAUGUACAUUCAUCCUGACAGUCCGUCCAAGGGAGAACAGUGGAUGAGCAAGCCCGUUGCAUUCCAUAAAUUGAAACUCACGAACAAUAUAUCGGAUAAACAUGGAUUUACAAUUUUGAAUUCAAUGCAUAAAUACCAGCCCAGAUUUCAUAUUGUGAGAGCCAACGACAUCAUGAAACUUCCAUACAGCACAUUCUUGACCUAUGUUUUCCCGGAGACUGAAUUUAUUGCCGUCACCGCAUAUCAAAAUGAGAAGAUUACGCAGCUCAAAAUUGACAACAACCCAUUUGCCAAAGGAUUCAGGGACACGGGAAACGGAAGACGAGAAAAGAGGAAUAAUCCUUUAAACAUCUCUCCACCGGAUGAGAACAAAGCAUAUUGUGCUGAUUCGGAUGACUCAUGGGAACAGCCCAGAACCAGUGACCCGUUUCACUCUCCUCAGCAAUCAUGGGCUUUGACAUCCAUGCCAAACUGUCAAGAUGACAACAACACCGGAAGUGAUUCAGAUAUUGAUCUACAAGGUGAUGAUGAUGGAGAAGCCGGUGGUUCUCAAACUGAAUCUUCAUCUCGACCGACUGUGAAGAGUGACAAGAAAGAACCAGCAAUGUUGAGUAAGAAGUUUUCCACGGAGAGUGAUUCCUCACAAAGCAACAGGAGUAAAAUCAAAGAUGGCACACACCCUAUGUUAUUGGAAACACAGAGCUCGGCAUGGCUCAGUACUGGACAUCGUCAGACUGCGGCUCUCUCAAACAGCCAACGGUGUCUUGAGCUUGGACCGCCUUUGCUGUUUCACCAGGGCCAGUUGUCAAUGAAGACAGAGGCUAUUCACUCUACAUCUAUGGGACAUCUGUUUUCCUCUUUCUCAGGAUUCAAUGACCCAGAACACGGGGGUGUAUUUUCUCAAAACAUCUCCUCGCCAUCUCCGUUCAUGUUUCACCUGUCACAGCAUGUGUUGGUGCCACAGGCACUGUCACUACCACCUUUUGGAGGACUGCUUUCAUACCCGUGGAGCUACUUGACAUCACCGGCUGCAAUGACUUCAGCUCUCCCAACCGGUUCCGCAACAUCAGCGUUUCUAAGAAACCGCUCUUUUCACAGCUCUUUGCCGUGGUUGCGAAUGAGUCCCUAUCAGAUCCCAGCUGCCGGCAUAUCAAGUCAAAAGCUACUGACAGCAAGUUCGAGCUCAAAUGAAUUUGAUCAGGACCAACUGUGUAACCAAGGGACCAGUGCAGGGUCUGCUAAUAACACCGAUACCAAGUCCAGAAACGAUCAGACUGUUUCACUGAAAAAUGUUCACGUUUCUUCAGACGGAUUUCAAAAUAUUCAAAAUGGUGUGUUUGAAAAAUCCGUCUCUCUAUAACGAUAAACAUCUCUGAAUGUUCAAAUCCGUUUUGUACAUGUCAAUGACAAUCAAUGUCAACAAAUCAAUGAAAUGUAAACCUCAUGCUGAAAUCACAAACACUGGUUCAUGAUUAACUUUUAAGUUAGUCACAUUGCUUGCAGCAGAAGCUUCCGUUCUUCUGGAACGUCUUUCUACACGAUCUUUGAGUUUGUCUGUGGGAUUGUUUGUCAAAAUAUCACUGUAGAAUCUGGAUCAGAGCAAGAAUGUGAUGAAUAUUGAAUGAUGUCUCAUGAAAAAUGCUCAGGUCAACUGGGUUCAAAGGGGGGUUGAGCACUCCACUGUUUUUUUUCAGCUGAUUUGAAUCUCUCGCCAUCACAGAUGAAUUUGUGGGGAUUAUUCAUUGUCCACCUAAAACAACAAUAUCACUAUUUAUUCUUCAUUUUAACGACACCUCCCUAUUUAAGGACCUUUUUUGUUUUUGUCAUUUAAAAAAAAUUCACACAUUGUAAAAUGCACAUCUUAGACCGUCAUUAUCAAAACUGCCAAAGUUGCGAAGACAUUUGAUCACUUGUCACCUGUACACGUUUACAUUAUUUUUGAUGUAGCAGAGCAACACUAUGCACUCAUAGGUAAACUCAGGACACUUUUUUUGCCUGUUUUCACAAAUAAAGUAAAGACUAAUAACAUAAAGACACUCAAGUAUGUGGCUGCCUCCGGGCAAAUCAUGUAAUAAAAACACAACCACGGCUGCCAUGUUAAUUUGGCAUGUACAAAUAUAGCCUAUUUGAAAAUGUGAAUGUGGAUUUUAGUAAUAAUUGUGUCUGUUUUGAAAGUGCAUACAUUUUGUUGUGCCUAUCUUUCACGUUAGGAUGUAAUAUUCAAAGCGUGACACAAAAUUGCAGUUCUUGGCGCCAAGAGGUCAGGUCGUCCACCAAGAGUAAAAUUGAACUGCAAAAAAAAAAAAAAACAACCAUCAGUGCAUGUGCUGUUGUGUGAAUUUUCUCCUUGACUGAACGGGGCUACA